AUGGUCCCUCCACCCAACGCAAUCGAAUGGCGUCACAUCGACUUGAGAAAGUACUACACUAUCGGCCCGAGCGUCUUCAUCGGCCUCCGUGCCCUCCUCUACCCUCCACAGCUCGUCAAGACUCGUCUACAAGUACAAACACAACGUCACGUCUAUCUCGGCGCGUGGGACGCUUUCAAGAACAUCGUUCGUCUGGAAGGUGUAAGAGGCCUGUACAAAGGUUUCCUGCCCUAUACAUUCGGACUAGUCGCCGGACAAGUGUACAUAACGGCGUAUGAAGUCAUCCGGAACUCACUGAGGGAUCACGGCACCUUUAUACGGGGAUUUGUCGCCGGCGGCGUCGCCAGUCUGAUUGGUCAGAGCAUUGCCGUCCCCAUUGACGUCAUCUCGCAGAAAAUGAUGAUGGAAGGUCAACGAUCGAGUCGACUGCCGACUCCAGUAGGAGAUGAAUCGAAACAACGAAAACCGAGAAGGAAACCGAUUCGGAACGUAUCGAUAAUGAUGAAACAUAUCUACAGAAAGCACGGACUUUUGGGAUUCUAUCGCGGAUAUUGGGCUUCCAUUUUGACUUUUGCUCCAAACAGUGCAGUUUGGUGGUCGACGUAUUCGAUGACGACCGAUUGGGUUCUCAGUCGAAAACCGGAAAAUGUGCCAAUGCAGCUCAUUCAAGCCGCUUGUGGAUGCUUUUCUGGACUCAUGGCUUGUGUGCUCUCCAAUCCGAUGGAUGUCGUGCGUACUCGGCUUCAGGUUCUCGGCGGGCAGUCGAUAGUGAUGGCGUUUCGACGGUUGUAUGCGGAGGAUGGUUGGACGAUGGUGUAUAAGGGACUGACGGCGAGGUUGCUGGUUGUGUUGCCGAGUAGCUGUGUGAUUGUGGUGGCUUAUGAGGUAGUGAAGAGACUGAGUCUGAGAUCUGAUAUUCAACUGUCAGAGUUGUAUAGUGCAUAAGUAAUUCGUGUAGGUAUUUAUUUAAUUCUUGUAUGGACUGUUAUUGUGAUCAAAUGGUAUUAUUUAUAUCUAUUUCUACAAUAAUGUUACUAGUAGUAGUCAC